AGCCGCGGCGCGCACGGCGGCUGUCCCGCCUGCCACAAUGCGCGGCGAGGCUGGGGCCGCGACUUGGCGCGGUCGUUCCUAACGUCGCCGCUUGGCAUCCUUAGGACAGGCCGCCCCUGGCGCCGUACCCGGACCCCACUCGUUCGCGCCACCUCCCAUGCGCUCACUCUUCGGUGCCCGGCCGGGCGGGCGCCUCGCGGACGCGGAGCCGCGCGGGUGACGGCAGAAGCGGCUGCGCGCCCAGUCCAGCCAGCAGAGAGGGCACGCCGCGCCCCCGCCCCCCGCCCGCUCUCCGGAGGCUGUGGGUGCGGAUGCGUCGCUGACGACUCGUAGCGAAGAGCAGUGCCGCCGGCCCGCCGGCCGGAGCCCGCAGCAUGGCAGCCGCCGCCUAUGUGGACCACUUCGCCGCCGAGUGCCUCGUGUCCAUGUCGAGCCGCGCGGUCGUGCACGGGCCGCGAGAGGGGCCGGAGCCUGGACCCGAGGGCGCGGCCGCGGCUGUAGCCGCUACGCUGCCCCGCGUUGAAGAGCGCCGCGACGGCAAGGACAGCGCCUCGCUGUUCGUGGUGGCGCGGAUCCUGGCGGACCUCAACCAGCAAGCACCGGCGCCCGCCCAGGCGGAGCGCAGAGAGGGCGCCGCGGCUCGGAAGGCGAGGACCCCCUGCCGCCUCCCGCCCACGUCGCCCCCAGUCCCCGAGCCCCCCUCUCCCGGCAGCGAGGACGCGGCGGCCGCGCCCCUCAGCCCGGCGUGGAGCCAGCCCCGGCCCAGGGGGUUGGAGCCUGAGCGGGAGCCGGGGCCCGCGGGCAGCAGCGAGCCCGGCCUCGGACAAAGGGGCCGGCGGGGCCGAAGUCGCGUCGACCUCGAGACCCCGCAGAGAAAGCACAAGUGCCACUGCGCAGGCUGCGAGAAAGUUUCCAGGAAAUCCUCGCACCCCAAGGCGCACCCGAGAGCUCACACAGGGCGGCCCGGGCUCCCGGAGCUCGCGGGCUGGGGCCAGUGCCAGCCGCCGGGCCACGCCCCCGGAGCCGCCGGCCGGCACCGGGUCGCUGGUUUCGAAAAUCGUGGAGGGGCUGGCUGA